AUGGCAGCAUCCAUAUCCUCAUUCACAUAUAUCCCACAGUCGGUCCUUUUGGGCGGGGACCUUGAUCAAGAGAGUGUCGCUACAAGGAUGUCAUGGGCGUCGACUAGGCGGACGACGAGAGUAGAGGACCAUGCUUACUGCUUGCUGGGGAUCUUCAAUAUCAACAUGCCCUUGCUUUAUGGCGAAGGUGAACGAGCAUUCAUCAGACUCCAGGAAGAGAUCAUCAAGGUCUGCAUCGAUUAUAGCCUCUUUGCCUGGACCUCGUAUUCACGAACUGCACGAGGUCUACUGGCAUCUGCUCCAUCAGCCUUCGCCAAGUCAGCGGGCAUUGUUCCGGUACCUGGUCCAACGAGUUCGGGAGAUGCUGCGACUGUCGACAGCGAAGGCGUCCAUGUGAGACUUCGCGUCAAGCGUGAAAAGGAGGGGUCGGGUACCUAUCUUGCCCUGUUCCCGUGCACGAAGGGCACCACGGUCGUGGGAAUCUACCUCAAAGGGGAAGUUGGAGCAUGUUUUGAAAGAGGUGACUAUGCCAAUCUGUUGUUUGUGGGUCAGCCACGGCUUGCCCAAUUCGACAUUGUCGAGAGCAAGAUUUGCAUUCAACAACAGCGCGUUAGACACCACAAAACUUGUCCUUUGCAAGAAGCCGCAGCAUAUGGUAACCUGGCGGUCGUGAACAUGCUGCUGGAGAAAGGUGUUGAUCCAGAUUGUUACAACAUUACCACAGGGGAAACACCGUUGACCUCUGCUGCGGGGAAAGGCCAUGCAAUCAUAGUCAGGAAACUCUUGGAGCACGAUGCAAAAGUAAUAAGAAAGACUCAACUCGGUCGACUGCCGUUGGCAAUCGCAAUUAGGCACGGGCACUAUGGGACCGUCAUGAUAUUAUUGAAUCAUCUCACUCAUCUAUGCGGAGAUGAUGAUCUCCGGAAACUCCGGUCUUCUGUGAUGUUUGCUUUGCAUCAAGCGCACCUUAAAGUUCUCGAAGUGUUUGCAGAGUAUGGUGGUGACGUGGCUCGUGCUGUGCUUUGUGAGCCCACAGCAUUGAAUUCCAUCAAACAAACAGACCAGAUACCCAUUCUGGAGUCACUACAAACAGGCGGCCUCGAUAUUCUCGAUGCUCUUGAUCGGGGACGAGAAAGCUUCCAUGACAUACUCAAUGUGCUUCUGAAGUAUUGUCCAGAUCUUCCUUACCAGAGAAUAUUUGGUGGCUACAAGCCGUUGGACCGGACUGUGACAAACAAUGACGAAGAUGCGGUGAAACUACUUCUGCAACAAGACGCAGGCUUAGAUAAGGUUGAAUUAUUACCCAUUUCCAUCAAGCUCGCUGCUGCCAGAGGUUAUGACUGUGUCUUGAGGGCCUUGAUGGCUGAGAGCGAACAUCUCAAGGAGCGAAUCGUCCACAGUGACAUGCUGAGAGCCGCGAUUGACAAUGGUCGAGAAGGUGUGGUCAAGCUCUUGCUGGAAGAAGGACUUGAUCCAGCAUAUGUGGAUCCUGUCGGCGAAACGCUCCUUGUCAUGGGCUGA